GCCGCCCUCCUGAGAUUCCAGGAGCAGGCACCAUGGAUUCCUUCAAGGUGGUGCUGGAAGGGCCAGCACCUUGGGGCUUCCGGCUGCAAGGGGGCAAGGACUUCAAUGUGCCCCUCUCCAUCUCUCGGCUCACCCCUGGAGGCAAAGCUGCACAGGCUGGCGUGGCCGUAGGAGACUGGGUACUGAGCAUCGAUGGUGAGAACGCAGGGAGCCUCACACACAUCGAGGCCCAGAACAAGAUCCGCGCCUGUGGGGAGCGCCUCAGCCUGGGACUCAGCAGAGCCCAGCCUGUUCAGAGCAAACCACAGAAGGCCCUGACCCCUCCCGCCGACCCCCCGAGGUAUACUUUUGCACCAAGCGCCUCCCUCAACAAGACGGCCCGGCCCUUUGGGGCACCCCCACCUACUGACAGCACCCCGCAACAGAAUGGACAGUUGCUCAGACAGCUGCUCCCCGAUGCCAGCAAGCAGCGGCUGAUGGAGGACACCGAAGACUGGCGGCCAAGGCCAGGGACAGGCCAGUCCCGCUCCUUCCGCAUCCUUGCCCACCUCACGGGCACAGAGUUCAUGCAAGACCCGGAUGAGGACUGCAUGAAGAAGUCAAGCCAGGUGUCCAGGACAGAAGCCCCAGCCCCAGCCCCAGCCUCAACUAUACCCCAGGAACCCUGGCCUGGCCCCACUACCCCCAGCCCCACCAGCCGCCCACCCUGGGCCGUGGACCCUGCAUUUGCUGAGCGCUAUGCCCCAGACAAAACCAGCACGGUGCUGACCCGGCAUAGCCAGCCAGCCACACCCACGCCUCUGCAGAACCGCACCUCCAUAGUGCAGGCCGCAGCUGGAGGGGGCACAGGAGGGGGCAGCAGCAAUGGCAAGACUCCCGUGUGCCACCAGUGCCACAAGAUCAUCCGGGGCCGCUACCUGGUAGCGCUGGGCCAUGCAUACCACCCUGAAGAAUUUGUGUGCAGCCAGUGUGGGAAGGUCCUGGAGGAGGGUGGCUUCUUCGAGGAGAAGGGGGCUAUCUUUUGCCCCUCCUGCUAUGACGUGCGCUACGCACCCAGCUGUGCCAAAUGCAAGAAGAAGAUCACUGGAGAGAUCAUGCAUGCCCUGAAGAUGACCUGGCAUGUGCACUGCUUCACCUGUGCUGCCUGCAAAGCGCCUAUCCGCAACAGAGCCUUUUAUAUGGAGGACGGGGCGCCCUACUGUGAGCGAGACUAUGAGAAGAUGUUUGGCACCAAAUGUCGAGGCUGUGACUUCAAGAUCGAUGCCGGAGACCGCUUCUUGGAAGCUCUGGGCUUCAGCUGGCAUGACACAUGCUUUGUUUGUGCGAUAUGUCAGAUCAACUUGGAAGGAAAGACCUUCUACUCUAAGAAGGACAAGCCCCUUUGCAAGAGCCACGCCUUCUCUCACGUAUGAGCACCUCCCCACGCUGUUGCCGCCCCACCCUGCCCGAAGCGGGAGGAGUCAGGAGGGCUCACCCUCCACAGUUCUGGGUGGGGCUGGCAGUAGCUGUCCCGCCCCCGAGUCCUAGCCGGAUCCCGGGGUUCCCUGAAUCCUGUUUCACCUUCACAACCCCCUCGCUUACUUACUUCCCUCCACCAUCACUCACUGGUGCUGGCCGUCCGCGGCCCCUGUUCAUGCCACAAUAAACCUGUAUCCACCUG